AUGUAUCGUACAAACUUCCUCAAUCCAGACGCCAUGGAAGGUAUCCUCGGCGGCGCCAUGCGUUACGGAGCACCCGCCCGUCGAUUCGAUGAAUACUACCGAUGCUAUCCAGUGGCCAUGCUCCCCGGCCCAGAGCGAGAAAAUGUCAACCAUGGAGGCAAAGUGAUCAUGCCGCCUAGUGCACUGGAUAAAUUGACACGGUUACACAUUACAUAUCCGAUGUUGUUUGAGCUACAUAACGGCGCCAAGGAGCGGAUGACACAUGCUGGUGUUUUGGAAUUUAUUGCUGAGGAGGGAAAGAUAUAUUUGCCUUUCUGGUUGAUGCAAACUCUCCUUCUGGAGCCCGGCGAUCUGAUCCAGGUGAAAUCAACCGACCUCCCACCUGGUCGAUUCAUCAAACUCCAGCCACAGUCAACUUCCUUCCUUGACAUCAGUGACCCUAAAGCAGUGCUAGAAAACGCAUUCAGAAACUUUUCCUGUCUUACGAAAGGAGAUGCGUUCACAUUUGCCUACAACGACCAAGUCUACGAAAUCGCAGUUCUAGACGUCAAGCCUGACGGUGACAAGAAAGCCAUCUCAGUGCUAGAAACGGAUCUAGAAGUCGACUUUGCGCCACCAGUUGGAUAUGAAGAGCCAACACGUCCCAGCGGCGUAAGCACGCCGGCCGGCGGUCAAGCCGGCGCAGCUCGUGGCGGUGUGGUCCAUUCUCAUGGAAGCAUGGCUCAAGCCAUCAACUACGCCUCGAUUGCCCCCGAAUCGGACGAUGUGACGAAAGGAGCUAAAGCACAAUCAUCGAAUUUCCUUUCUGGUGGACACCGACUGAAUGCAAAGAAGAGCAGCAAAACACCUACCCCACAGCCCAAUACACCCGUUGCUGGAAGCUCAAUUAACCCUAAACAUCCGCCUCCAACACGAAAGACGAAUGGUCCACAACCACUACGACUUGGACCUAAUAAGCUGUUCUUUGGCUAUGCUAUCAAGCCAGUUCCAAAGCGUGAUGAGGAUGGUAAAGUCAUCGAAGAGGCUGACGACAAACCCAAGUUUCAAGGACAAGGUCAGACACUACGAGCUCGCAAGAAGGGUCUUGGAGGAGAUUCGGGGACGCCAACAUCUGGAAGCGACGUCGAAGGUCGAAAGCGAUAA